CCUCUGGGGGAAGACCAAGAUUUUUUUUGUUUUGUUUUGCUGCGGAUGAGUUACAAUUGAUAUAGAAUGAUUGGUGUGUCUCUUAUAACCAGCGGUGUUGCUCGGAGGAGGGAACGGCGCCAUAAUUGUCACGAGUGUUUCCCAUUCCUACCUGCAAGGGAGGGAAGAAAGGGGCGAAGUGGAUGGAGAGGAGGCGGCGAGGAGGGAGGAGUGAGGCUCUUCUCCCUCUAAGAGCAUUAACUGUCGAGUGUUCUGGCGGUGACAGGGCUGUCGGGGUCAGAUGGCCGCUCAGCCAGUUUACACCGGCUCACCGUAGAUCCUCGGCUACUAUCCUCCUGCCAAGCUAGCACCUUGUACUCGUCUGGCGCAUUUCGCAUAUAUAUAUAUAUAUAUAUAUACAUAUCUAUUUUAUUAUUUUUAGACCGGGAAGGCGCUACAGGUGGUUGCACAAGACCGUCAAGAAUAUACUUUCUCGUGGACGUUGUCGGGAACAAAACCCUCUCUAUCGGGAGAUGAGACGGAACCUCGAAUAAAGCGAAGCACUGGUUGAUGGCGUUUUUGCGACAAAGUGGUGACUACUGCCACGCUCAACACAUGUAGACCCAACCAAUGAUGUAUUUGUACCAUGCAGUUGUGGGACCCUGAAGUCUGAACGAACAAAUUGUGCCUGGCCAAACCAGCCAUCUGAUGGGGUAAAAACGUAGAGCCUCAAAAUUUUAAGUGGAGAAGGACUGGAAGAGCUUCCGUUGCAGAGCAUAAAAAGACUGAAGAGAAGAAGUUAUAUCAGUUCUGUGAUAUUAAAACACAGAAGUGACACAUUGUUGCCUCCUGGGCUACACAAAGCUGAUGGGGUAAAAUAUUUUCUACAAAUUGGAAAUCUUCUUUCUAAAAUUUCAACAUUUACGUCCAUCAAUCCACCCACCCCUACACCGAAGACUCAACAGCUGUACAGCUGAAACUAAAGGUCAGAAGUCUUCAUUGGACAAUUGUGGGCCAAAAGUCACACUGGUCAUCAUGAACCGCCCAGCUCCAGUGGAACUGUGCCACAAUAACAUGCGAUUUCUCAUUACACAUAACCCAACAGACAGCACACUCAGCUCUUUCAUAGAGGACCUGAAGCGAUUCGGGGCCACGACAGUAGUUCGAGUAUGUGACAUCACAUAUGACAAAACGCCACUGGAGAAAGAUGGCAUUACUGUGGUGGACUGGCCCUUUGACGAUGGCGCCCCGCCCCCAAGUAUACUCGUUGAUGACUGGUUGAGUUUACUGCAGAAGAAGUUUCAGGAGGAACCUGGAUGCUGCGUGGCUGUUCACUGCGUGGCUGGCCUCGGAAGGGCUCCUGUGCUGGUCGCGCUGGCUUUGAUAGAGAGUGGAAUGAAGUAUGAAGACGCUAUUCAACUCAUCCGACAGAAGCGUCGGGGAGCCAUCAACAGUAAACAGCUAACUUACCUGGAGAAGUAUCGAUCCAAGCAGCGACUCCGCUUUAAAGACUCCCACACCCCCAAGAACAAGUGUUGCGCUAUGUGAACAAACACAAAGUCCAUCACCCAUUCGGACAAAAGCAGAAUCCUAUAUAUACCCUGUAGAGGCCACUACUUAGGAAAUAAUGAUUUUUGUUACCCUCCUUCCAACGCAAUUCACCGUUUUCCCUGUUUGUAAUAAAGAGUAUUAUAUUUUGGAUGUUUGCUUCAGUAGACAGACCAGUGAUGAGAGAAUGGAAAAAGUCUUGAUUGUUGAGGUGACGUUGCUUGGUAACAGACAAGACAGAUCAUGGAAGAAAGAUGUGUUAAUCUUGCAUCUUGCAAAUAUAUGCUAGGGCAUCGAGUUUUAAUUUAAUUUUUUUUCUGGGGGCGGGGGGGGGGGGGGGGGGGGGGUGUUACAGAUGUUCCAAAUAAUUUAUUGACACCUAAAUUUCUGAUUCUUGGAUGGCCCAAAGUUGUCUAACAUUAAACAAUUCAAAGGGAAAAAAAAUAAGACUAUAAGGGUUCAUCUUUCCAGAGAUGUUUUGUGUUUUUUUGGGGGUUUUUUUGCAUGAAAACCUUCAUGCUGUAAGCAUGUUGGUACCCAUAAAGCCUUCCCUUUUGGUUUUCACAACCAAUUUUUGUGUGUUUACAUUUCAGAGUGUGCAUUUUGUUAUCCAUCUUCAACUAGUUGGUAUUAUAGAGGUUUUGGGAAUAAACAGUAUGUAAUGAAUUUAAUCAUACAUGUAUAUGAUCAAAAAUGCCUGAAAGGUUUGGACUAAAUGUAAAUAUAAAAGAGUAUUUGUUGA